CUGUACGAUAACUGAUGUAAUAGAAGUUCAUUUGUGUUGUUUAGUUCUAUUAGCAAAAGGGAAGGAAAAUAAUUCUCCCUGUUUCAAGUUUGUCUUGACGUCAGAAAACACAGCCAUCCAGGGGAUAGAUAUCCACUCCAAGGCCAUAUUUUGAAGUAAAAUUAUUGUUUUUUUUUUGUUUUUUGUUUUUAGUUUUUUCACUGACAAGAAAAUUAAUGUUAAGUUUUGUUAAAUCCACAUAACCUUACUUUACAACUAUUUACAUAGCAUAUGACAUUGUUUCAUGGAGUCUAAUAUGAAAUAAAAUAUCAUACAAUACAUUGAACAUAUCUAUUUUGACAAACAUAAAAACUUGAUGAAAUGUAUGUAUGUGUUGGGAGAGCACAGUUUGCAGAUUUCACUAUGGCUAUGCUUAUUGAUAGUCUGAGUAUUUUUAAACUCAUUUCACUGAAUACAUCACCUACUUCAUAACAAGUCAUCAACAUUACAUCAGUUUCACGUAAGUGCAUCCUGUGAGUGUGAAAAGAUAUGCAAAGAAUCCAUAUUGCUCACCCACCCAGAUUUAGAACCUGUCAGACAAGAACCUGUCAGAUGUGACGUCAUCCUCAUGCUCCAGGGUGACACACAGUGGUAAAUUAUGGCAUUGGCUGGAACGUUCAGGAACUGCCUGGAACUUCAAGAGGCAGGAUAUAAAGCUGGGAGAGCUCACUGUGCUGAAGCAGAACAGACAAAUCCAAGGCUACGGUAAGAACAGUAACCACAGCAAGAACUACCAACUCUCAACUCUGAAAAUGCUGAGCCUACAUGGAUUCCAGCCCUCCCUCAGCCCCUAUGUGGACUUCUACUGGCCCGUCCGCAGUCUCUGGCCACAGGUCCGACCUCUGGACACUCACAGAGAUCUCAUGCUGAGAAACAUGGAGGAUAUGAACAGCAGUUUGGAGCUCCUGAAGAAUCUUCAGCAGCAGAUCUUCCAGGAGAUUGACCAAAUCCCAGCUUCAGGGGAGGUUCAUCCACUUCCUUGCAAUCUAGAGAAGAAGCGAGAUGGUUUUGCUCUAACACUGGACACUAAAGACUUUUCUCCUGAAGAGCUCUCAGUCAAGCAGGUGGGCAACAAGCUACAAGUGAGCGGCAAAUCUGAGAAGAAUCAUGGCGAUGGAAAAGGCUCCUACUCCUACAGGGUCCAGGCGUUCAGGAGGGAGUUUGAUCUCCCAGACGGGGUGAAUCCUGAGGCGGUGACCUGCAGUCUGUCUGAUGGAAAGCUUCACAUUGAAGCAGCAGGGAAACAGACUCCUGCCAUCUCAGAGAGGGUAGUGCCCAUCGACUGCAAGACGGCAGAAUCGACACAAGAGUCUGAGAAGAUGACGAAAGAGGACAACACCACAGAUGCAGAAAAGAUCCAACAGUGAACACAAUGUUGAAAAUAGACUCUAUAUUCUUUUCUUAUUAUUAAAAAAUAUGUACUUUUUGAAAGUUAUUAAGUUACUUAUUGUGAUUCUAUGACGCCAAAUGUAACGAUUGUUUUUAUAUGUGGAAAAGAAGACUAUAUUCCUUCUUGAUUAAAAAAGCUGGACUCUUAAAA